GCUUCAGUGUUUGCAACAGACUUUAAAAUGGUCAGACUUUGUUAGCUAGCAUAAAUGUAAGACAGAUAAUUUUGUACAUGACAGUAUAGAAAGAACAGAAAAAUCUAAUUUCUUUCUUUAUCUGAGAGGUUAAUUUAUUUUCUAUAACCUUCUUGUUUAAAUGCACAGAGCUUAUCUUCACAACAGAGCUAUUUAGCAAAACCAAGAUCCAGUGAUUAGGAAACAUUUUGAUUUGGGCAUUUUAAAAGUCAGCAUUGCCAGAAAGAGCCUUCAUAUAAUUAAAGCUCCUAUCGUCAGACUUUGGAAAAUAUUUUAUAAAAUGUCACAUGAUUUAACUGGUUACUAUCGCUAUGUCUCUCAAGACAACAUGGACAACUAUCUAAAAGCACUAGACAUUAACAUUGCUCUGAGAAAACUUGCCUGCCUAAUGCAUCCGGAUAAAGAAGUUAUCCAGUCUGGCAGCCACAUGACCAUUAAAACCAUCAGUACGUUCCACACUCACACUAUGAAGUUUGACCUUGAUGUGGAGUUUGAAGAGGACCUCAAGGGUGUAGAUGGACGAAAAUGCAGAACUACAGUAAAAUGGGAAGGUGACAUACUUGUUUGUGUUCAGAAGGGAGAAAAAAACAACAGAGGUUGGAGGCAUUGGCUAGAAGGAGACCUUCUGCAUCUGGAAAUGACAGCUGAAGAUGUUGUAUGCAGACAAAUGUUCAAGAAAGUAAAGUGAUACGUUGCAAGGGAGCAACAUCAUAAACACAACACAAUAUGGGCAUAAAGAAACAUCUAAUCAUCUGUCCAAAACCAUAACCAGCAUUCUGGACCUUGUGGCAGGACUGUAUCAGUCAAUUCAGUCUCAAGUCAACAUUCAUCAUCAUACUGUAGCUGCCUGAAUUCGGCAUUUCCUGAACUGCAUCUUAAAUUAAGUGGAUUUAGAAGCUGUCUAUGGAAUUAUGUAUGAACAUAUGUAACACUACAUAGUCUAGAAUUGUAAUGGAGCUAAUGUGAACCAAAUGCAUCACAACUGUUUUGACCAUGAGAAUGUCUUUUUUUGUUUGCUUGUUUUCAUUGCACCAUACCUGUAAUUGAAGCCAGGUGUGAAGUGCAUAUCUCUCGCUGCCUUACAGUGAAUGUAAAUUAAUUAUCUGUCGGAAUGCAACUAGUAGCACCAAGAAGCACUAAAGGGCUGUGCAUGAAAUAGAAAAAUGCAUUCAUCUACAACUAAUGCCAUUCCUAGCUCAAUACCAUCUCCUCACUCCUACCCAGCAUGGUUUCUGACCUGGGCACAGCACUACAACAGUUCUCCUCUCUUUCCUAGAUACAGUUAAUCGUGCCAGAGAUUCUGGAGAAAUAGUAUCCACUGUGCUUCUGGACCUCUCCAAAGCCUUUGAUACUGUUUCCCACACCAAUCUUCUGAGCCAUCUCUCAAAUCUAAAUCUCUCUCUAACUACCCUCUCCUGGUUCUCAAGCUACCUGUCCGAUAGAGCUCAGGAUGUAAAAUAGAGGAAAAGUAUCUCCCCUUUUCUUUAUACCCCCACAGGCGUAUCCCAAGGAUCUAUUCUUGGACCAAUGCUGCUCAAUAUCUUUAGCAACACUUUUCACUCUGCCAUUCUCAGUGCCAAAAUAAUCUAAUAUGCAGAUGACUCAACUUUAGUCUGCUCUGUUUCUAAUCUCCCUGAACUCUUAGCAAAGACCCAAACUGCCUUUUCAGCAACCGAAGCUUGGAUGCUCCAAAAUCAUCUCUCUCUAAAUGCUAACAAAUCCAAAUCUUCCUUCCUUCAAAAUCCUUCUCUUUUGACAAAACCUCUUUCCAAAUGCUAAGCCAAAAUAGCUCUCCUAUUGAAGUCACCCCCUAUGCAAAGUUACAAGGUGUAACUAUAGACGAACACCUAAAAUUUGGCAACCAUGUACUCCUAAACAUCAAAAAAACACACCAAAAACUAGGUAUACUUCAUAGGAAGAAACCGCUUUCUCUCACCUCUUACCAGAUGUACUCUUGCCUCCACUUAUCUCCUUCCCUCCAUAAUGUAUGGCAUCCCCCUUCUAACCAACUUAUCUGCAUCUAUUACAUCCAAAUUAGAAAACUGUUAUAACAAAAUUUCCAAAUUCGCCACUAACUCCAAAACCUCCUCCCAUCAUUGCCUUACC